CUACGAACUGAUGUUGCAGCAGCUUUUCCUAACCUUAGUGCUGAACAAUUGACUGAGUUUAUUCCAAACAAGGAAGAACUUAAUGUCAUCAAAAUAUACUGUCACAAAGGGGAGGCUGUCACUGUUUACAUGAAUAACAGGAACCCAGUACUGUUUGAAAUUGAGAAAGCUCUGUAUCCAACAGUGUACACGCUGUGGGUCUACCCGAAUCUUCUCCCUGCUUUUUCAACAUGGCCCUCUGUGCUACAGAAACUAGCAGGAGGAGCAGAUCUGAUGCUGCCAGGAGUUGUAGUGCCAUCUUCUGGCUUUCCUCAAGUAGAGCGGGGCACGCUCUGUGCCAUCACCCUCUUGGGAAACAGAGCUCCAGUAGCAGUUGCAAUUGCCAAUAUGUCCACUGCGGAGAUGCUGGCUGCUGGAAUGAAAGGGAAGGGCUUUGCUGUGCUGCAUACUUACAUGGAUCACCUCUGGGAAUAUGGUGACAAAUCUUGUCCUCCUACCUUAGCUCCCUUGGUAACAGACUGUGCUGAAAAGGAGAGUCCUGAAGAUGAGGAGGAGAUGGAGGGGAAAGAGCCUGCCAUCAGCUUCUCCGCUGACCCAUUGCAACAUGCGGAUGUCGGUGAUUUGAGCCUGAAGGAGCAAGACAGUUGUGCAGUACUGGUAGGAAAGGAGGAACUCGGUGAGAACAGAGCUGCAGAAACAGCUGAAGAUGCCAACACAGUGGUUCAGCGGGAAGCUGAAGACAGUAGGACUCCACAAGAGCAAAUGGAUGCAUUAUUUAAUCAGUGCUUUUUUCAUGCCUUAAAAUUCAAAGUAAAGAAGUCGGAUCUCCCUCUGCUCACCAGCACAUUUCUACGCAGCCAUAUGUUCUCAUGCUGCCCUGCUGGACAACAACUGGACAUAAAGAAGUCAAGCUAUAAGAAGUUCUCUAAAUUCCUGCAAUGUAUGCAGCACCAGAAGAUCUUACAAGUGAAGGAGCUGAACAAAGGUGUGGAGAGCAUCGUGGAAGUGGACUGGAAACAUCCAGAUGUUAAAGCAUUUGCAGUACCUGAAGGAUUUUCUUCAGUCUCUGCUGCCCAAGACAGCAAGAGUGAAGAUAGAGAACAAGUGUACCGUGCUCCUGAAAUCAUUCCACUUUAUGGCGUCUCAACAAAAAUGAUCCCACUUUUUCAGGAAUCUGGACACAGAAAAGGCAGCAUCCUCUCAAGCAGUGAGGUGAGAAACAUCAUCAUUAACUAUGUGAAGACUAAUGAGUUGGUUGAUGAAACAAACAAAAACUUUGUAAAGGUGAAUGCUGUUCUGUGUGACUGUUUGUUAGAUAAGUCGGAACAAGAUGAAAUCUCAAACCUUAAAUGGGAUGACCUCUUGAGCAGGUGCCUUGAACGACUGCAGCCCUUACACCAGGUGACGUUUUUUGGACAAGAACCUAUUGUGAGGAAAGGAAACAUUGAGCCCAUCGACAUAACCAUAGCACAGAGAUCAUCAAAUAAGAAGGUGACAAUUAUCAAGAACCUUGAGCUGUAUGGUCUAGACCCACAGAGUGUGGCCAACAUUCUGCAACAAAAAGUACAAGCCAGUGCCACCAUCACCCCAGUACCAGGAACAAAAGACAGAGUUCAAGUUCAGAUCCAAGGCAACCAAAUCCAUCAUCUGGCCAAGAUGCUGCUAGAAGAAUACCAGCUACCUCGGAAAUACAUUCAAGGCCUUGAGAAGGCUCCAAAGCUUGGCCGGAAGAAAUAA